AUGAUCCGAAAACAAUUUAAGCUUUUAUUUGUUUUUGAUGCCACCACAACAAGUAAUCAAGAGCCGACAACCUGUCUUCCAAAUGGUAGCAAAUCAAAUUGGCCAACAAGAAGAGCAGAGCUUACCUGCACCGACCUGGAGCACGGAGCUAAGGGCAAUGAGCAUACAUCAUGGCCAGAAGUUGCAUUUGGACACUGCCCGAGUACGAGUGCAAUUGAUGGAUCACCGAAGCCGAAAAUCGUUGCUACAACAGUUGCUGCACUGCAGCAGUUGCAGUUGCAGUGGGACCAGCGCCAAAUGAGUUGA